CAUCACGCAUCAUCAGGAUGCCCUCAUGCUGAUUGUUCGGAGAAGCUUGUGCUGCUUGCGCGUUGCAUCAAUUAAUCGCCUCUACCACAGUGCACCCAACAUGGAGAAGCGGGACUAUGCGGCUGCGGUAGCGGCAUUGAAUACGCUACAGUCCAACUUCUCCAUUGUCGAUGCGAUACGGAAAUCUGGCCGGGGAAUGAACCAGCUGGCAAUACCGGAGAUGAUUGAGUGGUGUCGGAAGGUUGGAUAUGAGCCCUCAGAUUUUGACCGAUUGAGGCCCAUACAUAUUGCUGGAUCAAAGGGUAAAGGGUCUACGAGUGCCUUCAUUUCUUCCAUCCUGGCGCAAUACAUUCCAGCCACCGGCGCACAGAAGCCCACGAAGAUCGGUUUAUAUACAUCGCCCCACCUGAGAUUCGUUCGCGAGCGUAUACAGAUCAACAAUGAGCCAAUAUCGGAGGAGCUUUUUGCGAAGUACUUCUUCGAGGUGUGGGACACAUUGGAGACUGCAGCGGAGACAGAGAGCGCGCCGCCAGAUGUACCAACGAAGCCAGUGUACUUCAGGUACUUGACUCUCAUGGCACUCCAUGCAUACCUCAAAGAAGGUGUAGACUCGGCUAUCGUUGAGUGCGGGAUCGGCGGCGAGUUCGACAGCACCAACAUCCUCACGAAGCCUACGGUUACGGCGGUGACGAGCCUGGGGAUCGACCAUGUAGCGAUGCUCGGGUCCACCCUGCCAGAGAUAGCAUGGCACAAGGCUGGCAUUUUCAAAGCAGGAAGUGUUGCCUUCACUGCACCUCAGAAAGCGGAGGCGAUCACCGUUCUGCAAGAACGAGCAGCCGAAAAGGGGACUCAUCUCCACGUCAUCGACGUUCAUCCGUCUUUAGCGAACAAUGAGGUCAAGCUUGGGCUAGGCGCCGCAUUCCAGAAAAUCAACGCUUCUGUAGCAAUCGCUGCUGCAGCCGCCCAUCUACGAGCUCUUGGCCACACCUCCAUCCCGGACCCAACUACAACUUCACAUAUCGAACUUCCUUCCGAGUUCAUCCGCGGAUUAGAGCAAGUGCGCUGGGCAGGCAGGUGCGAGAUUAGACGGGAAAAGAAUGUUGCGUGGCAUAUCGAUGGAGGUCAUACGUUGGAAAGCAUCGAGGUCACUGGACAGUGGUUUGCACAGCAAAUCGCCUCCGCGAUAUCAACCACCACGUCACAGUCCAAGGUUCCGCGCAUAUUGAUCUUUAACCAACAGACUCGAGAUGCGAAUGCUCUGGCCAAAGCGCUUUAUGCAGCUCUUCAGAGCGGCAUCACAUCUGGCGCAACCUCACCAUUCACUCACGUUAUCUUCACCACCAACCAGACGUCCAGUAGAGGUUAUAAACCGGACCUCGUUUCAAUAAAUACGAAUCAACAAGACGUGGAUACACUUGCGGUUCAGAAGGCACUCGCAAAUACAUGGUCGCACAUUGAUAGCUCUGCAGAGGUGCAUGUGCUGCGCACAAUCGAAGAAGCUAUCGAGACUGCAAGAGACGUUGCACGUAAUCAUGCGAAGCAUGCUGGUGCUGAUGCGGAAGUCAUGGUACUAAUCACGGGCAGCUUGCACCUAGUUGGCGGUGCGAUUGAGAUCUUGGAGACGGAGAAUGCGAGCUAAAGCCGUGUAAGAUACCCAUAGCAUGGACGCGCUUCAACAUGCGCUAGAGAAUAUUAUGACUCUAUGUCCACGUCAAUUAAGACCACUAAAAGCCAUGCCCGAUCCCCGCUCCCAUGCCAAUGGCAACUGUGGUAACCUCAUCAUUAGAGCGUAGUCGGACUUGCAAAACACGGUGAGCAACUUAACACGCGAGAAUCGACCAACCCCAUAAUCAGUGCCCGGGCUCGA